AGCUAGCUCGCUCGCUCGUUCGUUCGCUCCGACCGCGGUAACCCUCAGUUGCAUGUCGGAUUUCGUGCCCGCGCGUUGUAGUUUCGACCCGGCUGCCUGGCUGGCUGUCUUUCGCACUCGGUGAAGACCGCUCUCGAGUGAAGCUCGGGAUGGAGAACCAGCAGGUAUGGGUCCGGGACCCUCAAGAGGGUUUCAUAAUCGGGAAAUUCGCGGACAUGGUGGAUGGAGACGCCCUGAUCCUCCCUCUAGAUCCAAAAUAUCCGCAACGUACCUGUCCGCUGGACGAGGUUUACCCUGCUGGUGAAUACACCAAAGAUGUCGAGGAUAAUUGCGCCCUGAUGUACCUGAACGAGGCCACGCUGCUGAACAACAUACGCACUCGCUAUUUCAAGGACAGGAUAUACACUUACGUGGCCAACAUUUUGAUAGCCGUGAAUCCGUAUUACGAGGUGAAGGACCUUUACUCGCCGCGGACUAUCAAGGCUUAUCAAGGGAAGUCCUUGGGUGAGACGCCUCCGCAUGUCUUCGCCAUCGGCGAUAAAGCGUUCAGGGAUAUGAAGGUGCUAAAACAAUCCCAGAGCAUUAUCGUAUCCGGCGAAUCGGGAGCUGGGAAGACCGAGUCGACCAAGUAUCUCCUGCGAUAUCUCUGCGAUCUCUGGGGCUCGACUGCCGGCCCGAUCGAACAGAAGAUCCUCGAUGCGAAUCCGGUGCUGGAGGCGUUCGGCAACGCGAAGACGAAACGCAACAAUAACAGCUCGCGCUUCGGCAAGUUCAUGGAGGUCCACUUCGACUCCAGGUGCCAGGUGGUCGGCGGCUACAUCUCGCACUAUCUUCUGGAAAAGUCCAGGGUGUGCUUGCAAAGUCCCGACGAGCGCAACUAUCACGUGUUCUACAUGAUGUGCGCAGGAGCACCGGCGGAUUUGCGCGCCAAGUUGGCCAUCACCAAGCCGGACGACUUCUAUUAUCUGAGAAACGGGUGUACCCAGUACUUUUGCACCGCGAGCUCGGAAAAACGGUUGAACGAGGCGCAAAAGAGCCGCGAACAGGUACAAAAAGGCAGUCUUCACGAUCCCAUUUUGGACGACGUCGAUGGCUUCAACGCGAUUGAUCGGGCGUUCACUCGACUCGGUUUAGUGGAUGCCGAACGCAUGGAGAUCUACACGAUGGUGGCGGCGGUGCUUCAUCUCGGCAACAUCACAUUCGAGGACAAUCCCGAGGAUACCAAGGGCGGUUGCAGGAUAACCGUUGACUCGGAAAAAGCGGUGGUGAUAUCCGCUAAAUUACUGGGGGUGGAUCCCGAAGAGCUGCGACAGGCUCUGGUCUCGAAGGUGAUGCAGACCAGUCGGGGUGGCAUCAAAGGAACGGUUAUCAUGGUGCCGCUGAAGGUCUACGAGGCUAAUAACGCCAGGGACGCUCUAGCGAAGGCCAUUUAUAGCAAACUGUUUGAUCACAUCGUCGCGCGAAUUAAUAAAAGUAUACCCUUCAAGGCUUCAAGUUACUACAUUGGCGUGUUGGACAUUGCGGGAUUCGAAUAUUUCAAAGUCAACAGCUUCGAGCAAUUUUGCAUAAACUACUGCAAUGAGAAGCUCCAACAAUUCUUCAAUGAAAGGAUCUUGAAAUACGAGCAGGAGCUUUAUGCUCGAGAAUCCUUGAACGUCCCGAAAAUCUCCUACGUCGACAAUCAGGAUUGUAUCGAUUUAAUUGAGUCGAGGAACACGGGCAUCUUCAGCCUGCUGGACGAGGAAUCGAAACUGCCGACUCAUAGUUUCGCGCAUUUCACCAACGAGGUUCAUCGUGCGUGGAACGGUCAUUUCCGCAUCACUUUACCGCGAACGUCACGAUUGAAGGCUCAUCGAGAAUUACGCGACGACGAGGGUUUCGUGAUUCGCCAUUAUGCUGGCGGUGUCUGCUAUCAAACGAAUCAAUUUAUUGAAAAGAACAACGAUGCGUUGCACGCUUCUCUGGAGGCGCUCAUUCAAGAGAGUGGCAGUAAAUUCCUCAGGACACAAUUUGCCAAUCAUUCCUUGCAAAAGGGGAAGCUCAACUUUAUCAGCGUCGGUAGUAAAUUCAAAACGCAGCUAGGCGAACUUAUGGACAAGCUGAAGAGCAAUGGAACGAAUUUCAUAAGAUGCAUCAAACCAAACAGCGACAUGGUGGCGCAUCAAUUCGACGGCAACAGUAUUAUGCAUCAGCUCCGCUGCUCGGGAAUGACGUCGGUUUUGGAAUUGAUGGAACACGGCUAUCCAAGCCGAGUCCCGUUCCACGAACUCUACAAUAUGUACAAGUCUUAUCUACCGCCGGAACUGGCCAAAUUGGACCCUAGAUUUUUCUGCGAGGCGCUGCUUCACAGUCUCAAGCUGAAUCAGAAGGACUUCAAGUUCGGUAUCACUCGGGUCUUCUUCAAGCCGGGCAAAUUCGCCGAGUUCGACCGGAUCAUGAAGUCCGACCCGGAAAAUCUGCGCAGGCUGGUCGCGAACGUGAAGAAGUGGCUGCUGAAAUCGCGCUGGAACAAGAUGCAGUUUUGCGCGCUGUCGGUGAUCAAACUGAAGAACAAGAUCAUCUAUCGGCGGCAACAUCUGAUCGUUUUGCAGAAGACGGCGAGGAUGUACAUCGCGAAGAAGCAACAUCGGCCGCGCAUUCGCGGCAUCGUGAAGAUCAAGAAUCUGCGGAAGCAACUGACGCGAAUGGAGGAGACCGUGGAUCAAUUGAAAAAUCGGGAAAAAUCGACUCAGGAUAUGAAGAGACUCGACGACGACCUAGAAAGAGCCAUACGCAAGAUCAAAGACAAUCCGAGGAUCGCGCCGGCGGAGAUCGACAGUCUCUACACGUCUCUGGUGAAUCAGGUGAACAAGCAGAUGGCCUCCCUGCAAGAUAUGGUGAAGCAGCAAAAGAUUGCCGAAGAACAGGCGAGACUGAAGAAGAUCCAACAGGAGCUCGAGCUCGAGAAGAGACACAAGGAGGAGGAAGAACGCAAGAAGAAAGAAGAAGAGGAAAACAGAAGGAAGAAAUUCGAUAUGGAGGCGAGAAGGAAGAUCGAAGAGCAGCAAAGGCGGAGGCAGGAAGAAGAGGAUCAGAAGACGGCGAUUGCUCUUCAGGCCCAAUUGGAAAAGGAGGCCAUGGAGGAAACUCGAUAUCGGGAGUUGCUCGAGCAAGAAAGAAGAGACCACGAACUUGCGGUCAGACUUGCUCAGGAAUCCAAUGGACAAGUGGAAGAUUCACCACCGCCUGCGCGAAGUGGCUCCGACGUGCGAGUAUCUACAAACAACAACAGGCUAAUGAGAUCGGAACAGGUGCGUAAUCAACAAGCGGCUAUGAGCAACAAAAAGUACGAUCUGUCCAAGUGGAAAUAUUCGGAGCUGCGAGACGCAAUCAACACGUCCUGCGACAUCGAGUUGCUGGAGGCAUGCCGUCACGAGUUCCAUCGUAGACUGAAGGUCUAUCACGCCUGGAAGGCGAGGAAUCGCAGGAGAACGACUAUGGAUGAGAAUGAACGGGCACCCAAAUCUAUCAUGGAGGAAGCUGCGAGAACACCAAGGACAGCGUUGAAGCAGCAGAUAGUCGAGUCGUCGCAGAGAUACUUCCGGAUCCCCUUCGUUCGUUCCUCGGCGGCGGGACAGCAGGACAAUAAUCACGGAGGUGGCAAAAGAGGCUGGUGGUACGCGCACUUUGACGGACAAUACGUGGCACGGCAGAUGGAACUCCAUCCCGACAAACCGCCUAUACUUCUCGUGGCAGGCAUCGACGAUAUGCAGAUGUGCGAGUUGAGCCUGGACGAGACCGGAUUAACGCGGAAACGAGGCGCCGAGGUCCUGGAACACGAGUUCAAUCGCGAGUGGGAGAAAUAUGGCGGGAAACCUUACGUACCGCCAUGCGAUCGCAAGAAGUGAGGGCUUCUCACUUUGGAGCAAAACCUCCGUUCACGAAAAAAAAAAUUUAUAUAUAUAUGUCUUCGUGGAAGCGAUGCGGAAAUUUGGGCGAUCGAUAUUUGCGUAUUUUACAUAUUAUAGCCUUUUGCAUCCGAUGCAGUGUGUAAAAUGCGAUUCUUUCUGUGCCUUGCAAAGUGUGUCGCACGAAUUCUACAUAUACACACACAUACACACACGUCUGCAAUUAAUAAAUUACAUCGCAUCUACGCGAUGAACGUGUUGACGAAAUUUGCAUCGGCCUAAAUAUCGCUUAUUUCGUCAGAAUGUGGAGGAGGUCCUAUUUUUUUUUAUUUUUUAGGAUCUGGCUUCUACCGGUUCUAAGUUAUCUAGUUUUACCGGUUUUAGAUAUCAAUCGAUCAGUAUUUUGUAUAAUGAUAAACGCGUUUAUAUUAAAAUUAUGAUAUAUAAAAUCGAGUCUCUAAACAGUUAGAGGUGCGUAUAGGAUACGAUGAGAUGUAAACGAGGUUCCUUGUAUUAGGCUCGUGUUUUCGAGCUAUACAGUGUAAGCUUGUUAAUUUAUAAGACCCGAGUUGAUUCAGUAGCGAUAUUUAUCGUAUAAGUCGUGUUUCGAAUAAUUAAUAAAGAUGCAGAAGAGUGGAUAUCUAACAAACGAUUUAUGCUGCAAUAGAAGGAGCGGUAUUGCAGAAAACAAAACAGUGAUGUGUAAGUCGAAUUAAAUCUAACGAAGGUUUUCGCAAAAAUUUCAAACUAUAAAACGAUAGUGAUCUCAUUCGGGUGAUCUAUCCACGUGGUUGUGCUGAAUAUAUAUAUUAA